AGCAAAGGUCUAAUUGUAAAGAAAAUGGGUAAAACAAGAAAUAAACCUCGCACCAAGGGAAAUGUCCAGCCUGCCAGUAGUAGUCGGGCUGCGGAAGUAAUGUCAGCAAGCAAAACUCAAGUUUUGACUGGUGGUUUAGGAGGAUUUGCACAAUUUUUGGGCGAAACACCAUUUACGGCUUUGAGUUCUACCUCAACCAACAUAAUGACGGAUAAUAUAGGCGGAUCGAACUUGGAUUCGGAAGUGGUGCUUAUUUUAAAAAGACUGUCAAAACGAGAUUCUACCACAAAGCUGAAAGCUUUAGAGGAUCUCGGGGCAUAUUUAAAAGAUAAAGAAGAGAAUAAUA